AUGGACAUUGCCGGGAGGACGUUACUGGUGGUUACUGAGCACUAUACCAAGCCUAACAUGAAGCAAAGAAGGUUGAAGCGCGAUCUACUAGCUCGCAUAGGCAAUAGUGUGAUAAUCGACGGGGACGAGUUUGAGGUGAUGGACGAAUUUGUAUACCUCGGGUCGCUGAUGACGUUGGAUACCAACAGCAACAGAGAAAUGUGUAGACGUAUUCUUACCGGCAGUCAUGUUUACUACGGACUCUGCAAAACCCUAAAAUCUGACUCCGCCUCCCAUAUCGAAGCCCGUCGUUUGAUCAUCCCCUCAAGAGCGAUAUUAAACAGUGUCCUAGAGAUGCGCACGAAAUACACGUGCGUGGACAUGAGAUGUGGACAACGUUCGACGGGGACUUGCCAGCAUUGGCCGUUUUCGAACGUCGCCUGUUUAUGUGUGAAGUUAGUAUCCAGAAAAUCGCUAAAGCUGGAAGAGCACAAUGCUGUGAGAAUAUCGGAAAAUAACCCCAUCAAAAUGGUGUUCACCUCGAAUCCGGGCAAUGCCGGUCUCGAGUAUUUGAUGACCCUUGGAUACACGCUGGUAAUAGUGACGGUCGGGAUUAUGAUCUGGGCCUCGGUGGCCGGCGCUCGAGAGAUCGACGUUUCCCAGCAUCCGCCAUGCUUCUUCAACGCUCUUUGCAGCUGUUCCAAGAGUUCUCCCGAUCUCGGAGUGGUGGACUGUCGACACGUACAUUUUCCUGCCAUACCGAAGGUAAUCAACAGCUCAAAGUUGUUCAUGUUGCACAUGGACGACACGGGACUCCGCGAAAUGGAGCCAUACUUCUUCCAAGCCACGGGACUGUACAAACUGCACAUAUCGAAUAAUCCCAUAUCCAAAGUCCCGGAUGAAGCUUUCUACGGACUCGAACGGUCUCUGUGGGAGUUGGCGCUGGAAAAUAAUCACAUAACAGAGAUACCUUCCAAAGCUAUCCGAGAUUUGAAAAAGUUGCGAUUACUUAGUCUUCGGGGGAAUGACAUCACUACCAUUGAAACCGGUGCAUUCCGAGGUUUGGAGAGGUCCCUUCAAUCGCUGAUUCUUGCCGAUAAUUCCAUCUCGCUUCUGCUUCCUGGUAGCGUUGGUGGUUUGCCAAAUCUGGACAGUAUCGACCUUAGUGGGAACAAUCUGGCGAAUAUUGAUGCAGCUGCGUUUAAAGAUGGCCUUGGAAAGCUGUCAAAAGUAUUCUUAAGUAACAACUUACUAGGUCAUAUACCUUACAAUGCGUUACAACCUUUGCGUUUGUUGAGAGUUUUGGAUCUUUCCAACAAUCUCAUACGAACGAUUAGUCCAGAUGAAGAUGACUCCAAAAUCAGCUAUAAACUCACCCUAGACAUACUACAGCUACAGUACAAUUCAAUCGAAAACAUACCAUCUGUAUCAUUUAGUUUCUUUGAUACGGUAAAUAUCACAUAUUUGGACGGCAAUCCGAUUCGGCAAAUAGAGGACAACGCAUUUAGACAAGCGAAAAUUCGUGAGCUCUAUAUUAGGGACUGCAGCUUAAACUUCAUUUCUCCUGAAGCCUUCUCCGGAUUGGAAAGUUCCUUGAACGUUCUGGAUCUAUCGGGAAACAAUCUAACACAUUUGGCGGAUAAUCUGUUUCAAGGUUUCGACAAUCUAAGAUUCUUCAACAUAAAGGAUAAUCUCAUCAAGCAGUUAGAUCAGCGCAACGCUUCUCCCUUUGCCGGGGUAAAUCUGUACAAGCUUGAUACAACCGGCAGCCAGAAUAAGCCAUUUCCUCUAAAACAGCUUGCGGCCAUGAAAAACUUACGUUCACUUGCAACGUCGCAUCUGUCGGCCGUCUCUCUCACUCCGGAAGACUUCAACGACUUUAGUCCGGAACUUGAGGAACUGAAAAUUACCCGUGCUGGUUUGAAAUCAAUCAAAAACCACGCAUUCACAAAGUUACGUGGCCUAAAGCGCCUUGACCUAAGCGAAAACCGAAUUGAUAGCCUUGAGUCUCACGCCUUCACCGAAAUCGGUCAUACGUUGGUGUCACUACGAAUAUCCCACGGAUUGGGGUCUCAGAUGCAGCAACUUCCACACGACCCGUUCCGACAGUUGACGGCCGUAGAAGCACUCGAUCUUAGUAAUAACAAACUGAAGACGCUCAGCGAUAGUUGUUUUCAUUUCUUGAAAAACAUUAUGAGCUUAGAAUUACACGAUAAUCAGCUGGAAAGUUUGCCCAAGGGUAUUUUCCAGGCAGACAUCCACAGCAAGCUGACAAUGGUUUCGUUGCGUUACAACAAUCUGAAACAGGUGCUUGCGCAUACUUUUGUGGAUCUGGAGGAGCUGAAUGCCAUCUACUUGGAUGACAAUCGAAUAGAAACGAUCGACAGGAGAGCCUUUAUGAAUUUGGAUAAAUUGAAGAUACUGAAUCUCAGAGGUAACAAGCUGAACAAGAUCGCUCCGGAGGCUUUUCAGAACUUACCGGAGCUAGAAAAGCUAGAUUUGGCAUAUAAUUCGUUACCCACAUUCGAUUUCGAGUAUUUCGAUCAGGUUGGUUCAUUAGCCUCGUUAGACGUUGACGUAAGUCAUAAUCGAAUGGCAGCGCUAGGCGAACUACCAGAAAUAAAUACCAAUGAAUCUUCUCUAUUCACACCGGUAACGGCGGCAGUCAACAUUGGCCGAGAUAAUGCAUUUUCACACACAAAUAUUAAAUCUCUGAAUCUUUCAAGCAACAAUAUUACAAAGAUAUCAGACGGUUUCUUUAAACCAGUAGAGCUCUCGCUAAUCAAAUUAUCGUUGGCCAGAAACAAACUGGCCAAUGUGAGUAGAGAAGUAUUUGGAAACAUGCCGCACUUGCAGUGGCUCGAUUUGGAAGCCAACAUGAUCAAUGAACUGGAUUUCGAUACGUUUUGGAACACGCGAAAACUGCAGGUGUUGAAAUUAUCGCAUAAUAUGAUUACGGAUGUACCCAUGGAUCUGUUUCGCAACAUUCGAAAUCUUCGAAUUCUCGAGAUGGCUCACAAUAGUUUGAAAUAUCUACCGGAUAAUCUAAUUCUCGAAGAAGGAUUGGAGUUUUUGGAUUUAUCGCAUAAUCAGUUUACAAAAAUUCCUGUCACCUCGUUAUCGAAUCUGGCGGCGCUAGCUUUGUGCGAGCUGGAUUUGAGCCACAACCAUAUCGGAGCUAUACACAGCGUGGACCUGUCCAAUAAGUUUAGAUCUUUAUCCGUAUUAGAUUUAUCGCACAAUCGAUUGGUGAGGUUGGAAGAUGCCGCAUUUGCAACCCUUCCUCGGUUAUCCCUGCUCGAUCUUUCCCACAAUGAUGAAUUGGAAGUUAUGGGCAAAGCAUUUAUUGGACUAGAAAACAGCCUGAUUGAACUUCGGUUGGCUAAUGUAUCUCUCAACGCAGUUCCAGAGCUGGCCAAUCCUUCCCUUCGGAUUCUCAAAAUAUCACACAACGAUUUACCUUCCGUUCCACCGGAGUUGGCUGCGAAUAUGUCUUCUCUGCGAGAACUUGACCUAUCCGAAAAUGAUCUUUAUCACGUUCCAUUGAUCACACAUUCACUUCCCAAUUUGAGAUCUCUAUCGCUAGCUGGUAACCCAAUUACAAUGAUGACAAAUACCAGUCUGCUGGGAGCUGCUGAUACCUUAGAACAUCUCAACAUUGCCAAUCUAAAUUUAGUCAUCUUCGAAAACGGUCUCUUAAACAAGUUACGUUACCUGCGAACGCUUCGAAUUUCAACCUACCCAAACAUUCAAAAUUUCAACAUACCUCGCAUGCUGGAAAACUCGCACAAUCUGCGAGAGUUGUGGAUCGACGCUCCGAAACCGCCACAAGAUCGGUCCGACUCAGCUGGGUCGAUGGCACCGAAAACGCCAAAACCGGUUUCAGUUCCAGCUAGCGACAUGCGGCGGGAGAUGGAAGGACUUCUGCCCCGCAAAUUACAGAACGUAAUCUUCGCCGGUACGGGAUUCAACAAUUUGGCAGAUAACGUACUUAGUGGACUCCAAUCGUCCAGUUUGUAUUUAUCAUUUUUCAACACCUCUCUGGCUAGUUUGCCCAACAAUUUUUUCAAAAAUAUUGGUAAAACUGUAAGGAAUAUUUCACUCAAUUUGGAAAGUAGCAACCAGUUGCUGAAGUCGGUACCGAAUCCGAAUAGUGCGCACUAUUUGCAUUUGCCAGAGCACGUAUUUUUGACGGAUUUGCAGAUCUCGGGAAAUGCAUUGUCCUGUGAUUGUGAAAUUGGCUGGGUCGAGUUUUGGCAACGGAAACGGCGGCAGUAUAUUUGUCCAGCGCAUCCCUGGGUAGAGAAUAGCAGUUUCAAUAGCUAUUUCAAGCAUCAGGCUUUCUCAAUGUUUUCUCAAGAUCGAGACAACUGUGAUAAUUCGGCAGAUAACUUGCGAGAGGCAACGUGUAGCAACAAAAAGGACGAAUCAUUGCUGGAGGUAUUGAAAAAAGAUCUGGAGUGCGGUUGGGGCAGCACAGCGCCACGACUCGGGGUCGUGCCAGCGAUAGCGUUCGUUUGCGUGCUUGUCGUGCUACUAAUGUGA